AUGGUGGAGACAUUUUGGGUUUGGGUGGUUUUAGGGUUUGGUGUAUUGUGGGUAUGUCUGGUCAAAUGGAAUCAGACCAAAUACUGCAGCCGCCGCAGAAAAGGGCGGCGCCUCCCACUGCCGCCGGGGACUAUGGGCUGGCCACUUUUCGGAGAGACUAAGGAUUUUAUACAAAAGGGUCCUCAAUUUAUGAUCGCCCAACGACAAAGGUAUGGAAGUGUGUUCAAGACACACAUCCUAGGAAGUCCUGCAAUAAUAUCAAUGGAUCCAGACCUCAACAGAUACAUCCUCAAGAAUGAAUCGAAGGGCAUUGUUCCGGGGUACCCGAAAUCCAUGGUCGAUAUUUUGGGUCAAAACAUCUCCACCGUCAGUGGCGAUGCCCAUCGCAUCAUCAGCAAGAAUUUGCUGUCCCUUGUCGGCGCCCCCGCCAUCAAAGACAACAUCUUCCACAACGUUGUUGCGCACACAUUCGACUUUAUCUCCUCAUGGGAUGGCAUCACCCUUGAUUUCCAAGAAAAGGCCUUGGAGUUUGCAUUCAUGGUGAUGUUCAAGCAGAUUAUGGGGGCCGACUCGAAUUCGAUCUACGACGAGUUUAAGGCCGAGUUUGACAAGCUGCAGACGGGGACCCUGUCGCUUCCGAUCAACAUUCCCGGCUCGAAUUAUCGGACGGGGAUGAUGGCAAAGAAAAAAGUAAAGAAGAUUCUGGCAGAGAUGUUGGAGAAGAGAAGGGGCGAGAUGAAAGAAAAAGAAGCACGAGAUAUGUUGGAGAUUCUUGUAAGGAAUGAGGAACAAAAGUAUUCUCUGAGUGAUGACGACGAGAUCAUUGAGCAAAUUGUGACAAUUCUGUAUUCGGGCUAUGAGACUGUUUCCAAGACUCUGAUGAUGUGUGUCAAGUACCUCCAUGAUCACCCCCAAAUACUGCAAGAAUUCAAGGAAGAGCAUUUUGGGAUUAAGAAGAAGAGAGGUGGGAAGCUGGGCUUGGAUUGGGAGGACUACAAAGCCAUGCGCUUCACCCGUGCAGUUAUCAUGGAGGCGUCGAGGCUGUCGACAAUUGUCAACGGGGUUAUGAGGAAGACGACCAACGACGUGGAGCUCAACGGGUUUGUUGUGCCGAAAGGAUGGAGAAUCUACGUGUACACGAGGGAGCUCAACUACGAUCCUCACCUCUACCCAAACCCUCUCCAAUUCAACCCAUCCAGAUGGCUCGAUAGGAAAUGCAAGUUGGAGGCAAAUCCGUACUUCUUGCUGUUCGGCGGCGGGGGGAGAGUCUGCCCUGGCAAGGACCUCGGAAUUGUCCUAAUCUCUCUAUUCCUCCACCUCUUUGUCACAACCUAUAGGUGGGAAGAAGAUGGAAAGCAGAAGCUGGAGGUGUUCCCGAGAGUGAUGGCGCCCAAUGGAUACAACAUCAAACUCACCAAACUGGAAUUGUCCUCCUAA